UGUCGUUCGGUAGAACAGUAUCUAUACACGUUCUCCGUAUCGUGUACUCACUCCGUGUGCCCAAGCCGGCUAUCUCAGAGUUCUUCAAAAUGUUGACGCGUUCCCGGAGUGCCCAGAAAGACCCAUCUGUGUCGAAGACAUGUGCCAGCCCGGCGGUGCGGGAUGGAGCAGGGAGAAAAUGUCAAUCUGAACGUCGUCAUCGUGAAGUCCGAGCAACUCUGCGACGUGCGAGCGAUGAGACACGAGACGAAGAUCAGACAAAGAAAGCCAAAAGUGACGAGGAGUGCUCGCCUCUGAAAUCGGAGAUCCGCUCACCAUUGCGAGAAACAAACUAUGACAAAACCCCAACGAAGACGCCGUUAUCCUGCAAGCGAAGUCUGCAAUUCAAUUCCCAGGGGAAGAAGUUUUCCGCUCGUUUACAAUUUCCUGAAAGCCCGCUGAAGAGUCCACCUCGUCAUGUGGAACCCACUGUUCUUAAAAGCGUGUCUAUGACUCGUGAUACGACGUUUCCGGUUUAUCAAUCAAUUGCCAAGUCGUUGAAUAUAUCCAGCACAUCGGAUUUAGUCGGACGAGAAAAAGAAAUACGUGAUAUUCGGGAUUUCCUCAUUGAGAAGAUGGAUUCAAGAUCGUCAGGAAGCAUGUAUGUGUCCGGAGGUCCAGGGACUGGGAAAACCGCUUGUUUAACACUCAUUUUGAAAGAAAUCGGACUGAGAGACUCAAUUUUUGUUAAUUGUUUGGCGAAACAGACUCCGUUAGCUCUUCUGAAAGACAUAGCCUCUAGCUUGGGCAUUAAAACUGGGCUUGCGGAUGUCGGAGAACUUCUUCGUGGAAUUGAACGCCGCACUUCCGGUCGCAGGGAUACUGUUGUGGUUGUUCUCGACGAAAUCGACGCAUUAGCGUCUAAAUUUCAAGAGAAUCUGUACGCAUUAUUCUCCAUGCCUGCGAAAAAGGACUCAAGGCUAGUUUUGGUUGGAGUUGCGAAUGCUCUGGAUCUCACUACUCGCGUACUUCCGCAUUUGAAGUGGUUAGCUCCGGAAACUCGUCCAGUGUUGAUCCACUUCCGCCCUUAUUCUAAGUUUCAACUCGGACAAAUCAUUUCGAAACGCUUGGGACCCGAUGGAGUGAAAGUUCUGCCCCCUCUUGUGGUUCAAUAUAUUGCCGGGAAGGUAGCGAAUUUGAACGGAGAUUGUCGUCGAGCCCUGGACGUGUGUCGCGCUUGUGUCGAUCGUAAAUUGGCGGAAUCGCGUCAGCAAAAAUUCGUGCAAAAUGGCGAAAAUAAGGAGAAUCAAGAUGUCGUCGCGGUUAGUUUACCGGAAGUCGCGAAAGUGUUCGGCGACGGGAUCGUUACUGGAUUAACUGCUAAUCGUGCUGGAAAAUCCGACGGCGGGUCUCUUCCAUUGUUGCAAAAGUUGGCAUUACUCGCUCUGUGGCUAGUCAUGACACGAGUGAAGAAAGAGCCUUUGGUCUCGUUGGCCAAAUUGUAUGACGUGUUCCGCAAGGUUUGCGCUCGCACGGGUUCCAUGUCGAGUGUCGUGAGCAAAAGUGAGUUCACGUCGCUUUGUUCGCUACUGGAAAGUCGAGGCAUGAUUGAGUUGAGGGAUGGGCUCGGAGCUCCGAAGACACCAGCUUUGUUCAAGUCACCGAGAUGCACGUCCAUUUUGUUGCGCGCGAGUUUGUUGGACCUGGAGCGAGAUUUGAGAGCGGAUGAAUCUUGCCGGAUUUUCGUUCCGUUGCUCGACAAUCCGGCCAUAGGGUCUUAA